AAUUAUCCUGAAUAAGGUAAACUUGAAUAUUUAUGCAUAAUGCUAGAAUGCUAAACACAAAAUUAAUGGCAAAUAACAGUUGAGACACCUCUGGAAAUACAGUGUGAAAAUCAAAGUAUUAUUUUCAAGAACCACAGAAAGAAACACAGCAGACAACAUUAAGAAGAUUGCUUAGAGGUUUAAAGAAAAAUAUCACAGCACUUCAUUGCUUGAAGAGCACAGAUUCCAUAUGCAACGGCACUAAACCUUUUGCUGUAGCUGCAACUAACUAGCUGCAGCCACAGAAAAGUAAACGGAUCACUGACCUAAAACCACAGCAUCCCUCAAGAUGUCGAUGAAUAAUUUGCCAAACGUAUUUUUGGAUCCAAAUGCAAAUCGGUUUCAAGUUAACAUAAUUAAUGAAAGCCACGACAACAAUGAGACAUCCCAAGAGGAUGUGGGCUCUGACCCACCACAUUAUGAAGAAACAUCUUUUACUGACGAAGCACAUAACAGACUGAGAAUCAGUUACAGACCAGGAAAAACAGAAUUAUAUGACAACUUCCUUCAAAAUGGGGAGAAAACAGAAGCUAGUUUACAUCCCUAUGAUACUCACAAUAAAAUGUAUUAUCUACAAACUUUUGGCCAUAACACAAUGGACCCAGUUCCCAAAAUUGAUUAUUAUAGAAACACCGGCAGCGUCAGUGGGAAUAAGCUCAGCAGACCAAGCUUAUUAGAAAUUCAUGAACAACUGGCAAAGAACAUAGCUGUGAGCACCGGGUCGGUCGAGAGAGUGGCCAAUGGAGAAAGCACCACUGGAGAUGAGACAGCAGUCAGCAAGGAAGAAGAAAACAAACCAGGAUUUGUCAAGUUUGGAUGGGUGAAGGGUGUGCUGGUAAGAUGUAUGCUUAACAUUUGGGGUGUGAUGCUUUUUAUUCGACUUUCCUGGAUUGUAGGUCAAGCAGGAAUUGGUCUUGGAAUCAUAGUUAUUGGUCUGAGUGUAGUAGUAACAACAUUAACAGGUAUCUCCAUGUCUGCCAUUUGCACUAAUGGAGUAGUAAGAGGAGGUGGAGCAUACUAUUUGAUCUCCAGAAGUCUAGGCCCAGAGUUUGGUGGAUCUAUAGGACUUAUCUUUGCAUUUGCGAAUGCAGUGGCAGUUGCUAUGUAUGUAGUUGGAUUUGCUGAAACAGUUGUAGAACUUCUUAAGGAGAGUGAUACACUGAUGGUAGAUGAGUCCAAUGACAUCCGAAUUAUAGGUACCAUAACUGUUGUCUGUCUUCUCGGCAUCUCUGUUGCUGGCAUGGAAUGGGAAGCAAAGGCUCAAGUUAUUCUUCUAAUUGUUCUCCUUAUUGCCAUUGCAAACUUCUUUAUUGGCACAAUCAUUCCUACCAACAAUGAAAAGAAGGCAAGAGGCUUUUUCAAUUACCAAGCAUCGAUAUUUGCAGAAAACUUUGGACCAGGUUUCAGAAGCGGAGAAGGGUUUUUCUCGGUGUUUGCCAUCUUUUUCCCAGCUGCCACUGGCAUUCUUGCAGGAGCAAAUAUCUCAGGAGAUCUGAAAGAUCCUCAAAGUGCGAUACCCAAAGGAACAAUGCUGGCCAUUGUUAUUACAACAGUUGCUUACAUUGGCGUUGCAAUAUGUGUGGGCUCCUGCGUUGUACGAGAUGCAACUGGGAACAUCAAUGAUACAGUUGUACUUGGAAUGAGCUGCAAUGGAUCAUCUGCCUGUGGCCUAGGCUAUGAUUUUUCCAGAUGUGCAAGUCAGCCAUGUGAUUAUGGGCUGAUGAAUAAUUUUCAGGUGAUGAGCAUGGUGUCUGGUUUUGGUCCUCUCAUCACAGCUGGCAUCUUUUCUGCUACUCUGUCAUCAGCUCUAGCAUCUCUUGUCAGUGCACCCAAAGUUUUCCAGGCUCUUUGCAAGGACAACGUCUACACAGGGCUCCACUUCUUUGCCAAAGGAUAUGGAAAAAACAAUGAGCCCAUCAGAGGAUAUGUUCUCACUUUCGUGAUCGCUAUGGCAUUCAUUUUGAUUGCUGAACUGAAUACCAUUGCUCCCAUCAUCUCCAAUUUCUUCCUGGCUUCAUAUGCUUUGAUUAAUUUCUCCUGCUUUCACGCCUCAUACGCAAAAUCUCCAGGCUGGAGACCUGCAUUCAGAUAUUAUAACAUGUGGGUGUCACUCUUUGGAGCCCUGUUGUGCUGUGGUGUCAUGUUUGUCAUCAACUGGUGGGCAGCUCUCAUCACUUAUGCCAUUGAGCUCUUUCUAUAUAUUUAUGUAACAUAUAAGAAACCAGAUGUAAACUGGGGCUCUUCUACACAGGCUCUUUACUACGUUAAUGCCUUAGACAGCGCUCUGGCAUUAACUACGGUGGAAGAUCAUGUGAAAAACUUCAGACCCCAGUGCAUAGCACUAACAGGAGCUCCUAUGAUCAGGCCUGCUCUGCUAGACAUCACACAUACUUUCACAAAGAACAAUGGGCUGUGCAUCUGCUGUGAAGUGUACACGGGACCACGCAAGCUGUGUGUUAAGGAGAUGAACAGUGGCAUGGCAAAAAAGCAGGCUUGGCUCACAAAGAACAAAAGAAAAGCCUUUUAUACAGCAGUGGCAGCUGACAGCUUCAGAGAUGGAGUCAAAAGUCUACUUCAAGCCUCAGGGUUGGGUAGAAUGAAACCAAAUACCUUGGUGAUUGGAUUUAAGAAGGACUGGAGAACUGCCACUGCUACACAAGUUGAAAACUAUGUGGGUGUUAUACAUGAUGCCUUUGAUUUCGAGCUUGGAAUGAUUAUUGUCAGAAUUAGCCAAGGAUUUGAUAUAUCCCAGGUCCUCCAGGUUCAAGAGGAGUUAGAGAAGCUGGAGCAGGAGAGACUGGCACUGGAAGCUACCAUUAAAGAAAACGAUUUUGAAGAAGGAAAAAGUGGCAUCUGUGGACUCUUCAGGAAAGCCAGGACACUCAAUAUCUCAAAACAUGAAACAAAAAAGGACAGCACCAUUAACACAAUGCAGUCAAUGCAUGUGGGUGAAUUCAAUCAGAAGCUGCUAGAAGCCAGCACUCAAUUUAAGAAGAAGCAAGGAAAAGGUUCAAUUGACAUCUGGUGGCUGUUCGAUGAUGGAGGUCUAACAAUCCUAAUUCCUUACAUUCUAACUAUCAGGAAGAAGUGGAGAAAUUGCAAACUAAGGAUCUUCACUGGAGGAAAAGUCAAUAGGAUUGAAGAAGAAAAACUAGUGAUGGCUUCACUUCUAAGCAAAUUCAGAAUAAAAUUUGCUGAUAUUAAUAUCAUUUGUGAUAUCAAUAUAAAGCCCAGCAAAGAGAGCUGGAAAUUCUUUGAAGAGAUGAUUGAACCAUAUCGCCUUCAUGAAAGCUGCAAAGAUAUAACAACUGCUGAGAAAUUAAAGCGAGAGACUCCAUGGAAAAUUACAGAUGCAGAGCUGGAAGCAUUCAAGGAGAAGAGUUACCGCCAAGUCCGUCUGAAUGAACUCUUACAAGAGCACUCAAGGGCAGCCAACCUCAUCGUCCUGAGCCUCCCAGUGGCAAGAAAAGGAGCAGUGUCUGAUUACCUGUACAUGGCUUGGCUAGAAAUUCUCUCCAAGAACCUUCCUCCAGUCUUAAUGGUCAGGGGCAACCACAAAAAUGUACUGACCUUCUAUUCUUAGAAAAACAUCAGUGCCUAGAAUAUCCCUUGCUUGAUUUUAACACCUAUGUUUUUAAUAGCAGUGAUUUAUUAAAGAUGCUUUUAUCUAAUACAGAUCUAAAAACUAAUUACUUGACAGAAAGCUUUUCAACGACCCAAAGCAAUACAGUAAGGAGUUAGACAAAAACAAAGAAAAAAGUAAAUGGUCCCUGCUGAUGUUACACCAAUACAGGCAAAAGAAGGAAAAUCUACAUACAUAUAUAUAUAUCUCACAUGAGACAGCAAAUAUUUUGAACACAGAAAGAAGAAAUUCCAUUAAUUUUGAAAGGUACUGAAAAUGCUUUUGAUAUUUAUCCCAGAAAGCCAAAAUUCACUGCUACAAUACAAAAAGCACUAAAUCUACAAAUAACUUCUUUCAAACUGCAUUGUCAUAGUUGCUAACAGACACAGGAGGAUUCCAGUGAAAUGCACUAACCUGGGAGAGAGAAAAAGAACCUGUAUGGUAUCAAUCAGGUCAAAGUCAUAAACUGAUACAAUGCAAGUAGAAUACCCAUGAUGCUGUUUAAUUCUAAUAUUGCCAAAUUAAGACGUACGCCUACAGCAGAUGCUUUUACCUAAAUUGUUAUGCUAAUUUAUGUUAAUUCAAAUGCAUCUAAUUAAUUGACAAAAAAGUUAUCUAUAAAAAAUACAGACUUUAUAUGACAAGACCUGAUAAUUUUCAAGCUCUGACGUGGCAUAGAAUGCAUGAUUGUAAUAAUUAAAUGUGAUAAGUAAAUUUCACAAAGAAAAUAGUGAAAUACUAAAUACUCUCACAAUUUUUGCUAUGAAUAUUAGGGUUAAUGCAGUCUGACAUUAUACGUUGGGGUAAUAUAUAAAGUGAUUUAUGUGAUUAGAAAACAACAAAAACUCCAUUAGCUGAGUUGAAUGCCUUAUUUUUUGAUUUAUAUAAGGUAUUUCUUUUAUUUUUAGACUUUCUAAAUAAUAUUCAUUAUACACGAACUUAAAGGAAAUCUAUUAAGUUGUGUAAGUUUUCUCUUUUCUAUUCUGCAACAUUAUAGUACUUUAUAAUUUCAGCUGUCGAUAAAAGCAGCUUCUCUUUUUAAUGGGGAAAGCUAUAUCCUGUGUGUAAGCAUUACUUAAAUUAAAGACCAAUAAAGAAUGCAGCUAUUUAA